AUGUCAUAUUUGCUGUCGCUGGGCCUGCUUGGUCACAGAUCCUUGUUCUGGCGUGGGGCGUGUGGGGCGUGUGCUGCAGCGACCGGCCUGCCGGUGACAGAGCAUGUCCAGACUCUCGAGACUGCCUCUGCCUCUGUCACUUCGUCUGAGCUAAAGGACUGGGAAGACUUGCAGAAGAACUUGCGCACUCGUCUACGGGACUGUGAUGAUGACGGUUGGACGACCGAUGAUCUUCGCAGGAUAGGUGGUCUCGACAUCGGCUUCGAGGAUGGCACCAACCGGGCCACAGCGGUACUGGUUGUCUGUGAGUUGCGAGAUUGCCACCUGAAGCUGAUCUACGAAGAUUCCGUAGAUGUUGACAUGGCUCUUCCCUACAUUUCCGGGUUUCUGUUCGUGAGGGAAAUUCCGGCGUACGAACUGCUUCUAGAACGCUUGAGGGACAGUGCGCCUGACGUAGAACCCGAUGUUUUUUUGGUUGACGGCUCUGGUCUGUUCCACCCGCGGCAGUGUGGUUCAGCUUCGCACUUUGGCAUCCUCCACAACUUGCGCACAGUUGGCGUGGCCAAGAAGCUUCUGUGCUUCGAAGACUUCGACAAAGAGCACGGGCGGAUAGUAGAAGAGAAGGUGCUGUCAAAGCCAGGUGACAGCAUCCCACUUGUUGGCACCAGUGGGUUCAACUAUGGAUUUGCUGUCCGCACUUCAGCUGCCAAAGCGAAGGUUCAAGACAGUUCGCGGCGAGUGUACGUAUCCGCUGGACACAGGUUUUCACACGACACUGCCCGGAAUGUGGUCUUGAAAUGUAUCGUGGAUGGGGGGUCAUACAUGCCAGAACCGAUCCGGCUAGCAGAUUUGACUGGAAGGGCCAUUGAGAGAGCUUGGAAGCAAAUCCAUGCAACAUCGAAGCCUCAGUCAAGACAAGUUAUCAUGGACGUGUCCAAUCUCUUGGAUGACAAGCAGCGAAAGACACUCUUAGCAAUUCUGGAUGAGGUGGAAGCUGAGCCCUCCGCCGUGCUCUCUAGUAUCUCAGUCGACAGCAUCAAGAGAAAACAGGCCACAAAGGACGAGCUGUUCCAGCCUCUGCAAGAAAUGUAUCCUGAUGCAACGGUGCUGGAGCUUCGGGCGGCGCUGAAGAUGGAGAAGCCCUGGGCUGCCGAUCUGCGGAAAGCUUCACUUCGCUACCAGCAAGCUGGGCGGGCAAUGCGGCUGAGCCGAUGA